AUGUCUUUCGCUACUAUCGCCCCCUCUCCCAAAUCGCCCGCCUCUUCUCCAGGUAUGGCCAGCUCUAUAGAACUUGUCAAGCCGGUUUCCAAAUCCAAAAAGUCCCGCAAGCCUACAGGAAAGUCGUCCUCUAGCUCGUCAACACAGGGGAAUCCUGGCAUCAAGAAGGCAGAGAAACUACAUAAAAGAUCUCGUUCUGGAUGUUUUACAUGCCGCCUGCGACGCAAGAAGUGCGACGAAGGUCAUCCUGCCUGUCGUGCUUGCAAAAAUCUCAAGCUCCGAUGCGAAUAUGAACGGCCGAUGUGGUGGGGAAACAACGAACAGAGAAAGUCGCAAAAGGAGUACAUCAAGGAUCUCAUCAAGAGCACCAAGAUGAACGAAAAGACAGUUUCAUGUCCUCGUCAAACAUGCUGCACAUACAGCCCUCCCGAACUUUCUCAUUCAGCCCCAACCCCUGAGGCGUACCCGGAUACCUCUUCGCAAACUCGAGACCCUUCUCUAGAGCCCCCUUACUGUGCUGAAGGAGAGCCUAGCCAUGUUCACAUCCAGGAAUUUUAUGAUCCAUAUGCCCAAGAUCAGCCAUCACAUCUGGAUUCUAACGGAUUCUGGUCUGCUCCAACGCCGUACGAGGUAGAUGUCAAGACAGAGAGCGAGCUAUUCAUCAAUAAUAUCCCAACUCGACGGGACUCGUCAACGUCUACUUUCAAUACUUUCCAGCCUCCUCUUGCCCAUGCCAUGCUACCUUCAUUUGCUGAGGAUGACUGGGCGCGAAAUGAUGUGUUCGAUUCCAAGGUUCUCCCAGAGCAUAGCUGCCUUGAGUUUUCUCACAUACCCGUGGGUGUUCCUUCGAUCCAGGUUGACGAUUCUGACCGCCAUCUACUGGAUCAUUUCUUUGAGCACCUAUCUAGCAAAAUAUUCCCCAUUCUGGAAACCAGAAAACGAGGAGGUGUCUUCGCCGACGUUAUUCUACCUGCCAUCGAGUCGAAUAAGUGCUAUCUGCACUGCUGCCUAAGCAUCGCCGCUGUUCAUCUGAAGUCAACACAGCAUGUCACCAGCGACUUCAUCGACAAUGACAUCCUUAAGCACCGCUUCCAAGCCGUUUCCGAGCUUUGCUCGUCCCUGAACCAGGAUACUGAUCAUCUUCAAAUUCUCGAGGCAACUCUCAGUAUGGCGUUCUUCCAAUGCGCUGUUGGUCGUGCAAACGACACUCUCCCCGAUGUUCCGUGGCACCAACAUUUCCAAGCAGCCACGGGCUUGAUCCACAAACUAGACCUUCCCCACCGCCUUCUAGAAUCCGACCAUGGCGCUGUUCAUCCACCAUUCAGCAUGAGCCUAGCUGCCUGGAUCGAUAUCUUGGGAUCAACGAUGCUCGGACAGAUGCCGCAGUUCGCACAUACAUACAGAACCAAACUCUUUGGCGGAUCAAGCGCCGGGCUUUGUGAACUAAUGGGUUGCGAAGAUCGAGUCAUGUACCUGAUUGCAGAAAUCUCGUGCCUCGAUGCUCUGUGCAUCGAGGGCCGAACUGACCAUGCCAGCCUUUGUGGCCAUGUCACAAACCUUGCUCAACAGCUUGACCAUACUGAACCACCAGCGGGAUCGCUCGUCAAGCCAUUCUCAGAGAACGGGGCUUUGCUACCCCAGCAGCUUUCUAAAAACAUCACUGCCCUAUUCAGAGUGGCUGCGCGUGUCUAUCUUUGCAGUCUUGUUCCUGGAUCCAAGCGCGACCAGCCAGGCACCGUUAGCCUGAUCUCACAUGCUGCGGAACUGCUUGACCUCAUUCCUAGUGGGCCAGAAGGAUUUGAUACCUCCCUUGUCUGGCCACUACUCAUUUGCGGCUCCCUUGCAACUCCUGGAAGUACAUUCCGCGAGUCACUCAGCAAACGAAUAGAGCAAAUGGGUCAGCAGGCUGAGCUAGGAAGCUUUGGCCGCAUGAUAUGCGUGCUUCAGGAAGUCUGGCGCCUUGCAGACGAGAAAGCUCUCAUAGAGGCAGAACAACCAACCGCAUUUUCCCAGCGAUCUAAUGGGGAGCUUCCGCUGAUAACUAACAGUAUUGUCCGCUGGCGAGAUGUCAUGCAACAAAACGGCUGGGAUUUUCUCCUGAUCUAA